AUGCCUCCGCGCAAGUCCACGGCGUCAAUGACGCCCGCCGAGGAAGGCGACUCCCUGCAAAUGUCACCACAGCAGACGACCGACAAGCCCAUCACAGCGACAGAGCAGCAGAUCAAGGCACGGGCAGAGGCCGGCGUAAGCGUCGAUGACUACCUUCUCCCUCGCUCCCUGACAAUCCGCCUCGCUAAAGCGGUGCUCCCGCCCAAUACGACUAUCCAAAAGGACGCUGUGCUCGCUAUCCAGAAGGCAGCCACCGUCUUCAUCUCUUACCUCUCAUCGCACGCCAACGACGCAACCCUAAAACGCACCGUCGCCCCAACAGAUGUAUUCAGCGCGCUCACAGAACUCGAAUUCGACUCCUUCCGCGCCCGCCUCGAGCAAGAACUCGAAGCAUUCACUGAGAUCAAAGCCGGCAAGCGCAAGGUCAAGAAAUCCGACGUCAAUGGCGACGCCCCCGCUGGUGCUGCGAAGGGCGAUGACGAAGAUGUCGAGAUGACGGAGAACCCCGCGAAGAAGGUGAAGCGGGAUGAUAAUGUUGAGGUUGUUAUUGGAGGAGACGGUCGAGAUGGAGAUGGAGAUGGAGAUGGAGAUGAAACGCAGGAGGAGGAACUUGAGGAAGAAGAGGGUGAGGAAGAGGGUGAGGAGGAGGAUGAGGAGGAAGAGGAGGAGAAGAGGGUUGAGGAUGAUAUUGAUCGGGUUGAGGAUUUGGAUGGAGGGUCUAGGCCUAUGGAUCCGGACGCUGAUGAGACGGAUGAUGAGGAUGGUCCGGGUAGUCAGUUGCAUAAUGAUCUUGGGUUGGGUUAA